AUGUUGAGCAGAGCCAACCAGCAAUUCACGGAUGCUGGCCCGACCCAGCGACAGAAUCCGUCCUUGGCAAAACAGCUUCUUCCCUCAAGCAGUCCUAAUUCUUCCAUUGGCGAUAUUCGAGAUCAGUUCAAAAGAACAAACUCGACGAGCUCUGCAGCCGCAUUUGCACCUGUACCUUUGCCGGCACCUGCAUCUGCGUCGGCGAGGACGGCACUAGACAAUCGAUCCAUCAACACGGCACAGGGGGCUACCAGCCGAACGAAUACAUCCAAAGGGUCAAUAGCGUCACUAUACUCAGCCCAAUCAAACUCUUUCAAGUCGGAACCAAGUUGUGUCGACCUCACAGGACCCGGAUCUCCCCCUAAGAAGAAGACUCAGGUGCCUGUUUACUUUGCGGAAGAGGACUUUAGCGAUGAUGAUGCCCUCGACCUCGACUUUGAGGCCCCUGCAGCUCUUCCCCCACAGCCCAAAAUACAGGAGGUAGAAAUUUUGCCCCCUCCCGCUACACCGGCUCAUGUUGAGGCGGCGAUACCGUGGUCCUCCUCUCCCGCGUCGCAUUUCCUACCUCCGAACCCACAGCGAACUGCCUCCACAAAUUCCACCACCUCUCAAUCUUCACUGAAACGAGAAUCAUCUGGUGAUGUCGACUCAAUAGAUCCUCCAGUUCAAAGGAAGGCAAAAAAGAGGGUUUUGCCAGCUAGCUUCCGCACAAACGAAGCUGAUGAGGCAGACGAGGAAUACAGAAGGGGUCCGGAUGCUUUGAAAACUCCAGCACAAAAGGCCAAGGCACUAUGGGAUUCCAGCGCUAGUGCCAUAAAAGAGCAGAAGAAAUUGCUGAAAAAUCAAAGGAAUUCUCGAAAUCCUGAGCUGGACCACGAUGUUGUCCCAGAGAAAAUGCACGAUGUGGAAGCAAACGCCUCUAAAUCUGUGGCCAUUUCUCUCAGCGGCGAGCAAGAAAACGUACUCGAUAUGGUCGUCAAUCAAAACCAAAGUGUUUUCUUUACUGGCCCCGCUGGUGCCGGAAAGUCUGUCCUCAUGCGUGCCAUUAUUAACGAGUUAAAGAGGAAAUAUGCCAGAGAUCCGGAACGGGUUGCCGUCACCGCCUCGACUGGUCUCGCUGCUUGCAACAUUGGAGGCAUUACACUGCAUAGCUUUUCUGGUAUUGGUUUGGGGAAAGAAGACGCCUCUACUUUAGUCAAGAAGAUCAAGCGAAAUCCUAAAGCCAAAACUCGUUGGCUUCGGACGAAGUGUCUAAUUAUUGACGAAAUUUCCAUGGUCGACGGAGACUUGUUUGAUAAGCUGUGUCAGAUUGGGCGUACAAUUCGUAACAACGCCCGGCCUUGGGGAGGCAUUCAACUAAUCAUCACUGGAGAUUUCUUUCAGCUGCCCCCCGUUCCGGAUAACACCAAGAAUCGCGAAUCCAAGUUUGCAUUUGAUGCGGCAACUUGGAGCACAUCCAUAGAUCACACCAUUGGGCUAACCCAAGUAUUCCGCCAGCGAGACCCAGAGUUUGCUGGAAUGCUCAAUGAAAUGCGGAUUGGUAAAAUCAGCGACCGCACCGUACAGGCAUUCAAGGCGCUGUCUAGACCUCUCAACUUUGAUGACGGCGUAGAUCUGGCUGAAUUAUACCCGACACGUGCUCAAGUCGAAGGGUCCAACGAAAAGCGGCUGCGCGAGCUUCCAGGCAAAAUUCAUCGUUAUGAGGCCGCUGACACGGGCGACCCUGCCAUUCGAGACAAACUGCUCAUGAACAUGAUGGCUCCAAAGGCACUUGAGCUGAAAAUUGGCGCUCAGGUGAUGCUAAUAAAAAAUCUGGACGAGUCUUUAGUGAACGGAUCGUUGGGGAAAGUGAUUGCGUUUUCUGACGAAAAGACAUUCGAAAUGGGUGGUAACAACACUUAUGACGACAUGAUGGAAGAUUCCAUGGCGAAAGCUAAGCGGAAACUACAGGGUUUCAGGCGCGACUCUGAUUCUGGCUCGAGCAGUCAACAGUAUCCCGUGGUCCAGUUCAUCUCAACAGGCGGCGUUCCUCGUGUCAUUCUCUGCCAGCCAGAGGAGUGGAAGGUAGAACUACCAAACGGCGAAAUUCAAGCGAAACGAAAUCAAUUGCCUCUGAUACUGGCGUGGGCAUUGUCCAUCCACAAGGCGCAAGGCCAAACGCUGGAGCGAGUGACGGUGAACCUAGGCAGAGUGUUUGAAAAGGGCCAGGCGUAUGUGGCGUUGAGUCGAGCUACUACCCAACAUGGCCUUCGUGUUGUUGGAUUUGAGAGGUCGAAAGUAAUGGCUCACCCAAAGGUAGUCGAGUUCUACGGCAAACUAUCCACGGUGGCCGGCGCCAGGGGGAUGCCACGAACCAUUGCCGACUUUAUCGCGAAUAGGAAAGGCGUGGCAGGUCGACCAAGCAAGGAAAGGGCAGUUAUAGACUUGGAUGAUGAGGAAGAAGCAAUGGCAGCAUAUGGGCAUUGA